CUGAGCGUCAAUGUUAUCAAACGCCAUUGGAUAGAGGAACAGACGCCUUUCAUCUACCUGAACAAGAUAAACAAACGACAAGGUUUUUUUCUAUGUGUGAGUGAUUAAGCCAACAGUAAGCAUGCUGACUGCACAGAGGGCAUGUGCAGCAAUAGCUGCCCGGCACUUGGUUAGAGCUUCAGUGUCCUCAUCCUCUUUGAUCCAUACUUCAGUGCCUUGUCAGGACCAUGCUGAGCUGCAUCCUGAAUGGGCCAAUCUGGCUAAGAAACAGCUGAAGGGGAAGAACCCAGAAGAUCUGAUCUGGCGCACUCCUGAGGGAAUUAACAUUAAGCCUGUGUACACGAAAGCAGACUCACAAGAUGUUGCUGAUGAACUGCCAGGAGUGUUUCCUUACACUAGAGGGCCCUAUCCCACCAUGUACACUUAUAGACCUUGGACUAUCAGGCAGUAUGCUGGCUUCAGCACUGUGGAGGAGAGCAAUAAGUUCUAUAAAGAUAACAUAAAGGCUGGUCAGCAGGGUCUUUCUGUGGCCUUUGACCUCCCGACACACCGUGGUUAUGACUCAGACAACCCUAGGGUCCACGGAGGUGGCAUGGCUGGAGUGGCUAUAGAUACAGUUGAGGACAUGAAGAUGCUCUUUGAUGGAAUCCCACUGGAGAAGAUGUCUGUUUCAAUGACUAUGAAUGGAGCAGUUAUCCCUGUGUUGGCAAUGUUUAUUGUUACGGGAGAUGAGCAGGGGGUUCCCAAAGACAAACUAACUGGGACGAUUCAGAAUGAUAUUUUGAAGGAAUUUAUGGUGCGCAAUACCUAUAUUUUCCCCCCAGAACCUUCCAUGCACGCCAUUGCAGACAUCUUUGCAUAUACCUCUAAGCACAUGCCUAAGUUCAACUCCAUAUCCAUCAGUGGCUACCAUCUUCAGGAGGCCGGUGCUGAUGCCAUCUUGGAAGUAGCCUACACCAUUGCUAAUGGCCUGGAGUACUGCCGCACUGGUCUGAAAGCAGGUUUAACCAUCGAUGAAUUUGCUCCAAGGCUGUCGUUCUUCUGGGGUAUUGGUAUGAACUUCUACAUGGAAAUUGCCAAGCUGAGGGCAGCCAGGAGGUUGUGGGCCACACUCAUUAAAGAAAAUUUCCAGCCCAAGAAUGCCAAGUCUCUCCUCCUGCGCACACACUGUCAGACUUCAGGCUGGUCUCUCACUGAACAAGAUCCGUACAACAACGUGAUCCGCACAGUGAUUGAAGCCAUGGCAGCUGUGUUUGGGGGCACCCAGUCACUGCACACCAACUCUUUCGACGAAGCUCUGGGUUUGCCCACCGUGAAGAGCGCUCGCAUCGCCAGGAACACCCAGAUCAUCGUUCAGGAGGAGUCAGGCAUCCCCAAAGUUGCAGAUCCUUGGGGGGGCUCACACAUGAUGGAGGCUCUCACAAACGAUGUCUAUAACACUGCUUUGAAGUUUAUUAAAGACAUUGAAGAGAUGGGAGGGAUGGCCAGAGCUGUAGCAGAGGGGAUUCCAAAGCUUCGUAUUGAGGAAUGUGCUGCUCGUAGACAGGCCCGCAUUGAUUCAGGAUCAGAAGUUAUUGUUGGUGUGAACAAGUACCGUCUGGAGAAGGAGGAGACGGUGGAGGUCCUGGCCAUAGAUAACACGGCUGUACGUCAGAAACAGAUUGAGAAACUGAAAAAGGUGAGGGAGAGUCGUGAUCCUGAGAAAGCGAAGUCGUGUCUGGCAGCCAUCGAGGAGUGUGCCCGAACCAGGGAGGGCAACCUUUUAGCCCUGGCUGUGGAGGCAGCACGAGCCAGAUGCUCUGUUGGUGAAAUAACUGAUGCCAUGAAGAAGGUGUUUGGUGAACACAAGGCCAGCACCAGGAUGGUGAGCGGGGCUUAUCGCACCGAGUUCGGAGAGCAUGAGAUCACCCUGGCCAACAACAGAGUUACAGAGUUUAAGAGGCACGAGGGGAGGAACCCUCGAUUGCUGGUGGCAAAGAUGGGGCAGGAUGGUCAUGACAGAGGUGCCAAAGUUAUUGACGGGUUUGCAGACCUGGGCUUCGAUGUAGACAUUGGACCGCUGUUUCAGACCCCCCGUGAGGUGGCCCAGCAGGCGGUCGACGCAGACGUUCACUGCGUCGGGGUCAGCACACUGGCCGCAGGACACAAGACCCUGGUGCCAGAGCUCAUCAAGGAACUACGGAAGCUCAACAGGCCAGAUAUCCUUGUCAUCUGUGGAGGUGUCAUCCCACCCCAGGACUACGAGUUCUUGUACGAGAGCGGCGUACUCGCCAUCUUCGGCCCGGAAACCAGGAUCCCACAGGCAGUGGAGGUUAUCGACAACAUUGAAAAGAGCCUGGAAAAGAAUCGCAAAGCCAUGUGA